AGUCCCUCCCCCCCCCCCCACCCUUCCCGCAGUAGCAGCAGCAGCAAAGAGCAUGUCCUCGAGUAGGGCCAAGAAAGUGAAGAUGGCCACCAAGUCCUGUCCGGAGUGCGACCAGCAGGUUCCUGUUGCAUGUAAAUCAUGUCCUUGUGGCUACAUAUUUAUUAGUCGAAAGCUCUUGCAUGCCAAACGUGCUGAGAAAUCACCACCAACUGCAGAAAACAAGAGUGAGGCCAAAAGGAGACGAACAGAGAGAGUUAAGAGAGAGAAGAUAAAUUCUGCAGUAAAUAAAGACUUAGAAAACAGAAAAAGGUCCAGAUCUAACAGCCACUCAGACCAUAACAGACGGGGAAGAGGAAGACCUAAGAGUGUCUCAGCCAAAAAGCAUGAGGAAGAAAGAGAGAAACAAGAAAAAGAAGUUGACAUGUAUGCUAACCUUUCAGAUGAAAAGGCUUUCGUGUUUUCAGUGGCCUUGGCAGAAAUAAACAGAAAAAUUAUCAAUCAAAGACUUAUUCUCUAACUUAUCAGCACAAUCUGAUGUAAUUGUAUGCAGUAUGACUAGCAUAUUUCCAAGGUGUCAUGGACUCCCAGGAGGCAUGUUCAUCAACCAGGAUCAUAGCUUUCUCUGUUAAAUCUGUGCUGCUGGUUUGGAGCUCACAGACUUGUGUGUCUACACAUCAGCAAGAAGCAAUGUUGUCAGCAUUUUAGUUCUUUUAUACCUUGAAGACUAAUGCACAGAGAGAAUGCACCAUUUCCAGAGCACUUCAUUAGAUUUGCUGCCCAGAAAUGCAAUAUUUUAAAUAUUUUCUGAAAGAAUGAUUUUCUUUUUAAAAUUAAAUAUAUUUCAGAUUUUUCAGCUAUAUUACAGUUUACUUCUGUAUAGUUCAUCUUACCUUUUAAUAAAUUGAUAUUCUGAUACUUUAUUGAAUUGGCUAGUACAUUUGUACAGGACUUAUUUAAGGUGUCUUGAUCUUAUUCUCCUUUUGAUAGAAGCACUAUGCUUUUUGAAGAUGGUUCUGGACAGUUAUUUUGAUCAGUGGAUCUGGUUCUUCAUUUUAUAAAUGUGGUAUAGUAGGGAUUAGCAUGCAGGGUUUCUCAGGAUCACCUUGCAUGGUGACUCAUGUUCCAUAUGAACUCUCCUUAGUACUGGGUUCACUUUAUAUAGUAUUUUCUUUUUAUCCUGGAUAUGCCUUUGUGGGCUUGACUCCUUAAAUUUGGCAGAAUUAAGCAGCUGAAGUCCUAAAGAAACCAUUUGUACCAGGUAACUGUCAGCUGCAUUUCCUUUAAUUAGUAAAGAUCCUAGGGCAUUGAAGCCUUCCCAAAAGUGUGUGCGUAUGCUGGGGGGAUAGAAGACAAGGGGCCAGGUGUCCCUUAGGUCCUGUUCCACCUUUUCUCCCAAAGUGCCACCCAUUUCUCCAGAGGCACUUCCCUUACCUAAAGUGGGGCGGGGCCAAAAGCAAUCAGACUCCACCAGCUGCUGGUCUGGCCAGGGAAUAAGGUCUCAGGGGGAAGAAGGAAAAGGAGGCAAGGGGACAGGCCCAUCCACUUCUAAAAAGUGGGAGAGCUAUGGCACUGUGGCCUCCCUUGUUCUGGUGCCACUGUACUGAUCUUUCACCCUUUCACCUUUCUUGCUAUUGCUGAGGAGAGUAUAGGUAUUCUGUGGUGCAGGCAAACCACUAGAUUCUCUUUCAUUUGUAUGUCUAGAUUGAACCAAGACAAGGUGGGUGAGGUGGUAAUUUUUAUUGGACCAACUUCUACCUUGUGUGUUUAAUAUCCUAGGACCAACACUGCUACUACAACACUGCAUUCUGGAAUGAACAGAAUCACUCUUAUCGUAAGCUGGUAUCUUUUACCAGAGUAUAAAAAUAUAAUUUAGUCAGUCAUUUGACUGCUCAGUUUCUAGCUGUAACUUUCACAUCUGAAUGUUGAUCCACAUGAAUCUGUAGAAACUAAUCAUGUUAAGCACUAAUGUUGACACAAGAACAAAUGGAUAUAAACUACUAUUAAUAAUUUUAGGCUUCAAAUUAGAGGAAUGUUUCAAACUGUCAGAGACAUGAAGUUCUGGAGCAGCCUUACAAGUGGAGUAUGGGGACAAAAAAAUCAAACUGGCAACAUAUCAUUGUACAUGGUCUCAUCAUACCAUCCCCUGAAUAAAUUUAUGAAGCUCAGUCUCAAAGCCAAUCUGCAACCGCUAGCAGAAAAUAUCCCCAAUGGCUAGUGAUAAACACUAGAUGGGAAGGAUCCUAAUGAUUACAGAGAAUUCUUUCCCAGGUGUUAGGCUGUUGCUGGGUCUUGUGAGCAUGCUCAGGGUCUGAUUGCCAUAUCUGGGAUUGUGAAGGAAUUUUGUCCUGGGGCAGAUUUUUUUUCCCCCUUCUUCUGCAGAGUAGGGCCUGGGUCACUUGCAGAUUUAAACGAGUGUAAAUGGUGGAUUCUCUUUAAGUCUUUGAGGGUUUCAGUAACCCAGCCAGAGGUUAGGAGUCUAUUAUAGGAGCAGGUGGCUGAGGUUGCAGGAAGUCAGACUAGAUGAUUGUGAUGGUCCAUUCUGGCCUUAAAGUCUAUGAACUUGAGAGUCAAAAAUAGAUUUUGGGCAAACAUCCAAUUUAUAUUGAUAUUUGAGUACAGACUGUUUCACUGAAAUAUUACAGUGCAACAUGAGUAGUUGCAGCUCAUAUUUCACACAUAGUACACCUAGGAGAAUUCUGUACCACUGAGCACAUGCUUAAUUAAUGAGCUACACAUUUAACGGUUUAGCAGAAAAAAAACUUUUGCUGGAAAGAUGCUGCAGUUUUGCCUUUUGCCCAGCUGCAGGUGGUGUGGCACUAGAACAGAGCAGCAGCUUCUGGCCAGCUAGGGAAGGAAAAGAGUCUGCUUUCUUCAGAACACCUGUCAAGCUAGGUCAGGAGAUGGGCUAUGUGAAGACAGACGUGGAGCUGCUGUGGAGUUAGAUAGGGGGUCAUAAGGACUAAUGGAGGAGGAUAGGCUAGAGCAGGGUUUGAAUGUUAGCGGAUGUGCAGGACCACAUGGUGAUCGGUAGAGAGGGUGCCGGGGCCUAAGGACAAGGUGGCUGAGUAGGGAGACAGGGAGGGAGUGCAGGGCCCCAUAGAGAUGGGGAAUUAGUAUUUAGUGGAGAGAAUUGGUAUGGGGGUGGAGGGACAUGUUGACAGGAGUGCAAGGAUACAUGGGGACAGGGCAGCUAUGCCUGACUUGGAGAGGCUCACGGUCUGUAUGGGGGAAGCUUCCUAACAAUUCCUUUUCCCCCUACCACCAAAAAAAACCUGUUCUAUACUCCUCCCACCCACACGCAACAACACUCCCAAGUUCAUACCCAGGCUCCUUCCCACCAAUUGCCUUUUUUCAGCUCCUCCAUAUCUUCUGAUUCUCCUAAGCCUUGACACUGGUUCUAAGGGGCGUGGAAAAUAUGGAAUUGUAUUGUAACAAAUGAAUUAUUACUCAGAAUUCUGUAUUAAUAUGCCUACUAAGGAAUCUAUUUGUUUAAAAAAAAAACAAACAACCCGAAUCUUUUGUCUGAAUUGUUACAGACACACUUGCUGACAAGGUAUUUUGAAAUAAAUGACCAAAAAUAAUUGAAA